GUCGACGGCACGGAGGCGAAGCUCAGCGACAUCUUCGUGGAGACCAGCACGAGGAACAUGACGCCCCACGAGCGCGCGGCGUUCAUGCGGGGCAAGCGGAAGGAUCUGACGGAGUUCUUCGGCAGUGACGUCUGGGAGUUUCACAAGCUCACCGGCGAGGAGGACUUUCGGCGGAUACUCAUGGCGAAGUGGGUGAUCAAGUGGACGAAGAACGACGAUGGCACACCACGUGCCAUGGCGCGGCUGGUACUGCAAGGUUUCAACGACCCCUACGCACUUAGCAGCGCAGUGCCCACAGAUGCGGCAGAGCUCAUGGGCAUCGAGCCGGACACUCUCAUGAAGCUCAUUAAGCCAGUGUGCGGCCAGGUGGACGCACCAAGGCGUGGGUGGCUACGCGCGGUAGACGACCUGAGGGCCAGCGGUCUCAAGCAGCAUCCUUUGGACCCCUGCGUGUUCCUCAGCUUCGAUGAGGACGGCAACAGUGACGGGUUCAGUCUACUCUACGUGGACGAUAUGCUGGGAGGUGGAGAUCGGCGGCCGGGCAGUGACUACAAUCGGGCUAUCACCGAGGUGAAGCGGAAGUUCAAGUUCAGGAAAUGGAUCGGAGAUGACAAGAUGGACUACUGCGGCAGCGACGUGACGCAGACCCCGCACUGGGAUAACCCGAAGUCGAACAGCAGCGAGAUUGAGGCGAAGAUGGCGACCUACGCCAAGAACGUGAAGCCCAUCACGAUCGACCAGAAGAGCAGCGACAACACGAGGGGGCUCACUAUCAAGGAGAAGCGGCAGCUACGAGGCCUACUCGGAGCGUUGCAGUGGCCAAGCUCUCAGGCGUGCCCUCGCCUUUCGGCUUCGGCCAGCAUCCACCGAGGGCAACUGCCCACGGCAACGGCGGGCACGGCCGAGGAGGCGAACAAGACGCUGCGGUUCUACAAGCAGAGCUCGGACGUCGGGCUCAAGAUGGAGAAGAUCGGCCAGGUGUGCGACUUCGUGUUCGUAGCAAUGACGGACGCAGUCUGGGGAGUUCGACAAGAAGGGCCCAGUCAAGGUGGCUACGUCAUCUUGGCAUGCCACAGGAAGAUAUACGACGGACACGAGUCCGACUUUAGCGUGAUCGACUGGAAGUUCCUUCAAGCGGCAGCAGCGGGCAUGGGCGGCUUGGAGUUUGCGAAGCGGUUCUGGGCGGCCAUGAUCUACGACGGCGUGGGCAUCACGAAGGGCGAACGCACUCACAUGGCGGGCGGGUCAGCUGUAGGUGUGGACGCGAAGGCGCUCUGCGACGCGGCCCAGAAGGAGAGCGCCGCUAGCUCCCAGGACAUGCGGACCGGCAUAGAGGCGCCAGCGCUGCGUGAGGGGAUGGAGGCUACAAUGACACGCUGGAGGUGGGUAUCUUCAGGGAGGCAGUACGCGGGCGGGCUAGCGAAGAUCGCGGCGAGACAGCUCCUCGCCGACCGUCUGCGAUAUGGGAGGCUACAGCUCAAGCACGACCCGAACUACACGGCGGCGAAGAAGAAAACCAAGGAAGAGCGACAGGAGAGCAUAGAUCAGACGAGGCCGGUGACAUCGGCGGCGACGCGGAAGGCGACGGCACCAUUCAUGCAGUUGGCAGUGCUCGCAACUUGCUGUUGCAGAUCGGCGGCCCGUUCAGGCUGCGACAUGAAGGGCGAGAACGACAGCCAUGGUAUUGCAAUCUGGUUUGCCAUGUUGUUUGCACUUCUUGGGUUAUGUGGGGCCUACCCUGUUGCAUCCUACCUGAUCAAGACCAGGGGGGCUGAGUGCGCAUGCAAGACGGAGCUGGCGGUUCUACGGGCGAAGGCCGCGAAGGAGCGGAUCGAGAAGGAGAGCGAAAAGAAGGAACCACCAAGAGACGAGCGCGGCGUUUCGUCGAACGAUCUGUGCGCGGCCAGGACGGUGGGGGUGCAGAGUACCACGACAUACAAGCUCACCGGAGACGCAUGGGGGCUUCAGCAUCAGACGCAGGGUUUUCACAGAGCGGGCGAGGUGACGACCGAGCCAGAGUUGACGGAAGGGUUUCGAGCUCACAAGUGA